GAAAUAGUCAUUCUUCUAUUAAAUAAACCCGCUUAAAAAAUAAUCUAAUAAAUAUCUUUUAGUAAAAAAAUUUCAAAGACAAACAAAAAGUGCUAUUAUAAAAAUUAAAACGUCAUGAAAAUGGGGUAGAAGAGUGCGUGAAGAACAAAACUUGAAUAAAGGGUUAAGACAGUUCCUGAAAAAAAAAACCAAUAGCUAAAAAGAAAAAAAAAAUGUGCAGACUGAGCUAAUGACGUAGACAAAAUUUUGCGUAACAAAUUUAUAAAAAUUGAAAAAUAAAUUAAUAGUGUACUUUUAAUGUUAUUUAAAAAUGAAUAAUGACAGUGUAGAUAUAAUAGAAAAUUAAAAAUCUAAAAAAUAUUGAUAAAUAAAUAUCAAAGAAAGUUUGAAAUAAAUUUUUUAAAUAAAAUAAAAAACGAAAAAAAAAAAAAAGAAGUUGCAAAAAAUUAAUAGAAAGAUAUUCUUGAAAUGGGUUUAACUGAAAAAUACGAGGUGAAAAAUACCACAACACUUGCAGAAACAAUAAAGCUCAAUUUAUCAGAUAUAUCAUUUGGCAAUAUGACUCGUUGAAAAUUGGACCCUCGAGUUUUUCAAUAAUAAUCCACUCGAGAGUCCAGUCAGCAAGAUCAAUCAUUCUCAAGAGACUGCUGAUAUGGAAAAUAAAAAAAAAAAAUUUAAUUAUAAAUAAAAUAUUAACAAUAAUAAAUAAUGCUUUUUUUUAAAAACAUGCUUUUUGGCUCAAUUGUUACAUAGCUCAAAUAUAAAAAUUUAGCAUUAAUAAUUUUUUAAAUAAUUUAAAAAUGAAAGUGACUGAUAACCGUCCUUGAAUAAAUAUUAAUAAUCAAUUGCUUAUAUUGUUUAUAUAAACUAAUUUAGAUGUUUGUUAAAAUAUAUUAAAAAAAAAUAUCAAUUUAUUGGUAAUUUAUUUUUUAAAAUUAUAUAUAUCUAUAUUAAAAAAUUUAUUAAUCGUGCGCAAGCUCAGUGCCUUGACAACCAAGACGCCUGUUUUGUUCCUUUUUUUUUCUUUUAUUAUAUUGCCUGGCGCAAUAUCAUACCUGCAAGUUUCUAGAAAUACAUAUAUCAAAGUUUUAUCGUGAGUUGCAAAUAGUCCAUCAAAAAAAUUUAAAAAACAAAAAGAAAAACAUUGACAUUGCUUUAAACGAAUUAACCAACAACGAAGGUUUUUUUUUUGGGCUGGUAAAUUAGCAGUUGGCAGUUUUUUUAAAUAAAAAAUAUUUUCUUCUACAGUGAUUGAUUUAUACAAUAAAUAAUAAUAAAUAAUAUUAAGUGAGAAUACUACUCAAUCACUUGAUUAAAAAAAAAUAAUAAUAUUUGGAUAUAUUUAUAAACAAUUUGUUAUUGGCACAUUUACUAUACAGCAUUGUUAUUUUAUUUUGUCGAUGAGUUAUUUGACAAUUGUCAUCAUCAAGUGAUACAAACCUAGCUGUAGUCAGACACAGAUAAUUGAGUAAAAAAAAAUAUUUAAAGCAUUGAGACAAUCGACUGAGACGAUCAUAAAUAAAAAAUCGAUAAUCUGAGGGAUUGAGAACAUGUCCUUCAUAACAAUUCUACGAAAAUGUUUUAAAAAAACUCGACGUAUAAUUAGCCAUUUAUUAAAUGGAUAAAUAAAUUAAAAAAAUAAUAAUCUUGAGAAAAAAAAAGAAUAAAUAUAUACAGAAGAAUAAGAAAAAAAGACAUUUAAAAAUGACAAAAUACAGCUUUGCAAGACUUGCUAUAUGGCGACCAAGAAGAUCAACAAUUUCUCAACUCCCAAAUAAUCAGGAAAACAACCCUCUCAUGGAAGGCGAAGGAGGAGGUGGAGGAGGAGGUGGAGGUGGUCGUGCCGCAUCCGGGGGCGGUGGUAGACGAGCACCAAGUUUACGUCUGGUUAAUGGCAGGACAACCACUGGGGUUGGCCUCCAUACCAGCAGUACCGAAUCCGUCCGUUCACCUCAUCAACAUUUAAGUCAACAAAAUAAUAAUAAUAAUAACAAUUAUUAUUAUUCGGGUAAUAAUGUUACAACAAAUAAUUAUCCACGUUUAAAUAAGGAUGAUAGUAUUAAAAUCAGUAUUGAAAAUACAAAUACAUGUACUGAUAGCCUCGUCACUGCACUAGACGACGAGACACUUCUUAUUACUGAUUUUCUCAACGAUAACGGCAACGAGAUGAAUUACAAAGGAAGUGGCAAGGUCCAUUUUGGAGUGGACGAUGUGUCCCUCUAUGGAACACCAAAAGAAGAACCUGGUCCAGGUUUACCUGGUCAAGAAGUCAAACAGAGCUUCCUCAAAAAUCAGCUACAAGCAUUAUUUCAACCAACUGAUAAUAAAUUGGCUAUGAAAUUAUUUGGUAGUAAAAAAGCACUUAUGAAAGAAAGAAUAAGACAAAAAGCAGCAGGUCACUGGGUCAUACAUCCUUGUUCCAGUUUUCGAUUUUACUGGGAUCUUUGUAUGCUGUUAUUACUAGUUGCCAAUUUAAUAAUUCUACCAGUUGCAAUUAGUUUUUUCAAUGAUGAUUUAAGUACGAGAUGGAUAGCCUUCAACUGCCUUUCAGAUACAAUUUUUCUCAUAGAUAUUGUUGUCAACUUUAGAACAGGUAUAAUGCAACAAGACAAUGCAGAACAGGUGAUACUGGAUCCAAAAUUGAUAGCGAAACACUACCUCAGAACUUGGUUUUUUCUUGAUCUUAUUUCUUCUAUACCACUAGACUAUAUUUUUCUCAUAUUCAAUCAAUUUCAGGAUUUUAGUGAAUCAUUUCAAAUUUUACACGCUGGACGUGCACUUAGAAUUCUACGACUUGCUAAACUUCUGUCACUUGUCAGACUUCUCAGACUUUCAAGACUUGUUAGAUAUGUAUCACAAUGGGAAGAGGUUUAUAUAUUGCAGAACCUACAAAAAAAACGCACUGAGCGGAGGGGGCGCCUAAGCUCUGACAAUUCAAAUAAAAAGAAGGGUGGUUUCAACAAAAACGAACUUAUUUUUAAGUUUCUCAAUAUGGCAUCAGUUUUUAUGAGAAUAUUCAAUUUAAUAUGCAUGAUGUUACUCAUUGGUCAUUGGAGCGGUUGUUUACAAUUUCUCGUUCCAAUGUUGCAAGGAUUUCCUAGUAAUUCUUGGGUUGCCAUGAAUGAAUUGCAGGAUUCAUUUUGGAUGGAGCAAUAUUCAUGGGCACUUUUUAAAGCAAUGUCACAUAUGCUUUGUAUUGGAUAUGGCAGAUUUCCACCUCAAUCAUUGUCUGAUAUGUGGUUGACAAUGUUAAGUAUGAUCAGUGGUGCAACGUGUUAUGCAUUAUUUCUUGGUCAUGCAACAAAUUUAAUACAAUCACUUGAUUCAUCAAGACGACAAUAUCGUGAAAAAGUUAAACAAGUUGAAGAAUAUAUGGCAUAUAGAAAAUUACCACGUGAAAUGCGUCAAAGAAUAACUGAAUAUUUUGAACAUCGUUAUCAAGGUAAAUUCUUUGAUGAAGAACUUAUACUUGGUGAGCUAUCAGAAAAAUUAAGAGAGGAUGUUAUAAAUUACAACUGUAGAUCACUCGUUGCAUCAGUUCCUUUCUUCGCAAAUGCAGACUCAAACUUUGUUUCAGAUGUUGUUACAAAACUGCGAUAUGAAGUCUUCCAGCCAGGUGAUAUUAUUAUCAAAGAGGGUACAAUUGGAUCAAAAAUGUAUUUUAUUCAAGAAGGAAUUGUUGAUAUUGUCAUGGCAAAUGGUGAAGUUGCAACAUCAUUAUCUGAUGGUUCAUAUUUUGGUGAAAUAUGUUUAUUGACAAAUGCAAGAAGAGUUGCAUCUGUCAGAGCUGAAACAUACUGCAAUUUAUUUAGCCUCUCGGUGGAUCAUUUUAACGCAGUACUUGAUCAAUAUCCACUAAUGCGUAGGACCAUGGAGAGCGUUGCCGCCGAGAGGUAUAAGCUUUGGUUGAAUAAAAUUGGUAAAAAUCCAAAUCUUGUUGGACACAAUGACGAGGAUCUUGGCAGUGAAUCAAAAACAAUAAAUGCUGUUGUAAAUGCAUUGGCUGAACAGGCAGCUCAUGCAAGUGCCAGCGAAGAAUCAGUGAGUUUUCAAUUUUAUAUUAAAAAAUUUAGACAUACCAAUGGGUUUAAUGAUGAAUUAAAAUUACAGGUACACAGUAUGGAAAUGAGAACACUUCCAGGUGGUCUAUUACCAAGACCAAAGUCGGAAAUUAAUUUUGCAAGUCAACAAUUAUCAAGAGAAGGUCGUCGAACAUUUCAUAAAAGUGAUACAUUUCAUAAAGACUCGUAUCAAUGACGACACUCGACUUACUAGCAUACGGAACGUUACUGAAUAUAUUUUAUUGUGAUUUUUCAAAUAAAUCACUGAGACACUUUUUCAUCGCUUAAUAACUUAAAGUGUCAAUAUAUUCAGUAAAUUUAAUUUCUACCCUGAAAUUUUAGGUAAAAAAAAAUUACAAAAGUCUACCUUGGGUAGAAAUUACUUGUGAUUUUAUUUCGUUUGUCAAACUGAUAAACUAAAGAGAAAAAAUAU